AUGAAAACGAUUUCAAUUCUAGCUUUUUUGGUAUUAGCUAGAUUAAUUGAAGCCAAUGAUUUAUUCCAAGUUAAAACCAUUAUAGAUUAUCAAGAUUUGUACCUUCAUAUUAAUCCAAAUAAUUUUCAAGUUAAAUUAAGUCAUUCAUCUACUGAUGUUUUCGAAUUUGAUGAAAGUUCCAAUAAAUUGUUUUGUGCUGGUACAAAUGAUAUAAUUACUUAUAAUAAAGAGAAUUGUCCUUAUCUUAUGAAAUUUGCUGAUGAGUCACUGUCCUCAGUUUUAGGUUGGUCAUUGGAUAGACAAACACUUAGAUUUGAUCAUGAUUUGUACUUUUGUGGUACCAAACCGCCCUAUUCCCUUUUAGCUGAUCCAUCGGGUUCUGCAAAUUGCAGGAAAUUAAACAUCUUUAGGACAGUCUUAGAACCCAAAGUAGAAAAAGAAGAAGAGGAAGAAGAAUACGAUGGUGAAGAAGAUGACGACGAUGAAUCUUUAACGGAAUUUGAAUCCUCGACUGACUUUCCAACAAUGACUGACGAAUCAACGGAAGUUGAGCCCUCAACUACAACUGAGUCUGCAAUUUCAACAACCGAGACUUCAAAAGAUGAAGAAUCUUCAACAACAGUUGAGUCUACAACAACGCCAAAGACCACAACAACCACGUCAGCUGACUCUGUAACAACAACUUCUAAAUCAAAUGAGUCAUUAACUACAACUGAAUCAAAUGAAUCAUCAACUACAACUGAAUCAAAGGACUCCUCUACGACAACUGACGAGUCUACACCAGAAUCAUCCACUACUGAAACUGAUAAGACAGAAACAACAAUUGAAGAACAAGAGGAAGAAAGUACCACAUCUUCUCAAUCUGAAGAAACCGAAGGACCAUCAGGAGGAAAUGUCGAUUCCACAGUCGCAAUGGUCAUAUCAGCAAUGUUUCAAGGUGAUAGAGUUUAUUUUUAUUCCGAUGACAAAUAUAUCACUCUUUUGAAUGGUGAUUUGGCAACAUUUAAAAUUGACGAUGGGUAUUUACAAGUUAACAAUAACAAAUGGGUUAAUGUUAAUAUUGAAAGAUUAUUAGAAUUAGUUGAUAAUCAAGAAGAUGCCACUCAAGGUUGGAUUAUUAAUGAUGAAGGUAUAUUUUUGGUACAAGAUGGAUUUUAUUCAGAUAGUGUUAGCUUUAGUGCUUGUGGUCAUGAUUCAGGGUAUCGAGUUUAUUUAGGUGAGGAAAAUGGUUGUGAACCUUUAAAUCAAUUUAGAAUUAUGAAUAUUGAAGAAGAUGAAAUUGAUGAAACUGAGACGACGGAAUCUACUAAGACGACAGAAACUACUAAAACGACCGGUCCUGCUGAGACAACUGACCUGGCCGAAUCGACUGAUGAUCUGAAUGAGUCGAGUGCACCACCACCAACUGAAGAUCCUAGUGAUAUUCCAAGUGCUACUACUACUGAUGAAGCCACUGUUGAUCCAUCUGAUGAACAGUCUAUUGCUCCAACUAGCGAGCCAAUUGAUGAAUCAACUGAAUCUGAAGAGCCUAAUGAGUCUGUAACAGUGACUGGUGAUACCACCACAGAUACUUCUGAACAAGGAUUGACAACAUUCACUACAGAGACCACCGCUACUGUUACUGAUUGUGAGGAUGGUGAUGAUUCAUGUACACCAAGAACUACGAUUCGUAGUACCGUUAUCACCACCCAUUGUCCAAUCGUCACCAAGACUGAAGUUGAAACAAUUGUUACUGAUUUAACAAUCACCCUUACUACAUGUAUUGAUGAGACUAUUUGCGAAGCUACAACUUUUGUUGUUUCAACUACUGUGGUUACUACUACCUUGACUACUCAUCUGGUGGUUACAGAAUAUGUUCUGAGUGCUCAUGAAGGUGAUGGUUCCUCUACUAUUGCUAAUGAAGAUAAACAUAAUGAUGCUAUUGUGACACCACAAGAAACCGUAGCUCCAGAUACCAAUAGUCCUGAUGCAGAUCAAGAACAACCUGAUUCAGUGGAACCAGAUAAUGAAACCACUGAUGCUCCAAUAAAUGUCGAAGAUGAUGCUACUGCUUUGAUUUCCGAUGAAGAUACUACAACUUCAACAAUCACAACUUUGAUUUAUAUCACCCAAUCAGGAGAUCAACCAAUUAAAACUCCUGUUCCAAUUUUUGAUAAUGCUGCUAAUUUGGCUGGUUCAAUCUCUCUUUCCAGUGGUGUCUUACUAUUGAUUUUAAUGUUGAUUUAA